UCAAAAUCUACAUGACUCAAGCUCUUCUUCUUACACUGCCAUUUCAGUUGCUGCAGCUUCUUCUGUAUGUUCAUUUCGAAUUCGACAUAUCUGUAAGAUUGGCUGUAUGUAAUGAUGCUGUUCCAAUGGCUUUUUGUUGUGUUUGUUUGCCUAUGGGGUCAUGCUUUUGGACGAGCCGUUCCACCUACUUAUCAUCAUCAAGGCACUUUUAAGUCGUUGACGAGUUUGGGGAAGAGUGAUUGGGAUCGCAGUGUGGAUUUGUCGCGUUCGAUUGCUAUCAGCCCGAGUGUGGCUCUAGAGAUUGAUCAUGCCAUUCUAAGUGCCAGAACAGGUUGGAUCAGUAGUCCGAGCUCGAGUUUGGAUCCUAAUGAUAACAGAAAGGGAGAGAUGGUGAAGCCAUUACGAAAGCUGAGUUUGGAAGAGAUGAGUUCUAGUAUCUCCAAAGAUCGAUUUAUUAUUAGCUCAAGCUUAAGAUCAAGCUCAAGAGAGAUGUUGGCAUCUAUUGGUGAUCCUAUUGAUCCUAGGAAGUAUCCCGGCGGACGUGCUUCCGGUCUGGCUGCAGCCCCGUGGCCCUACAGCCCGGCACAUGCUCCAAUCCCAAGCACGCGUAAGGAGUCGUCUACAUCGACAAGUCAUUCUACUGGUAUAAUAUUAGGUGUGGUAACAUCAAUUGUUAUUGUGAUUUUUCUACUUGGGGCUCUUCUUUGGUGGAAGGGUUAUCGGCCAUGUAAAUACGCGACGAGGCAUGGUAAAACUGAUGAUGAGGGUCCAUCCCUCCAUACUACACUGUUUACUUUGAAGCAAAUUAAAGCAGCUACGAAUAAUUUCAACCCCAAGAACAAGGUUGGGGAGGGUGGUUUUGGUCCCGUGUAUAAGGGAUGUCUAAAGGAUGGCACCGUAAUCGCGGUGAAGCAACUUUCUACCAAAUCGAAGCAAGGGAACCGUGAGUUUGUGAAUGAAGUCGGCAUGAUUUCUGUUCUAAAACACCCUCAUCUUGUUAAGCUCUAUGGAUGUUGCAUCGAGGCCAAUCAAUUAUUGCUUGUCUAUGAGUAUAUGGAAAACAAUAGUCUUGCUCGUGCUUUAUUUGGUUCCGAAGGACAACAAUUACACUUGGAUUGGCCAACAAGGCGCAAUAUUUGUCUCGGAAUUGCACGAGGUUUGUAUUUCCUUCACGAAGAAUCAAGGAUCAAAAUUGUCCAUCGGGACAUCAAGGCUACUAAUGUACUUCUUGAUAAAGAUCUCACACCCAAAAUAUCUGAUUUUGGUAUUGCCCGGCUCGAUGAAGAGGAUUGCACGCAUAUAAGCACCCGCAUUGCCGGAACUUAUGGAUACAUGUCGCCCGAAUAUGCUAUGCGAGGUUAUUUAACGGACAAAGCAGAUGUUUACGCAUUUGGGAUUGUUCUUUUGGAAAUUGUUAGCGGGAAAAGCAUAGCCACAACCCGUGGGCCGAAUGGCGAUCCCUUCUUUCUUUUAGAAUGGGCAAAAUCUUUGAAGAAGAUGGGGAAAUUGCUAGAACUAGUUGAUCCAAGAUUGGAAUCUAACUACAAGGAAAAUGAGGUAAAAAUAAUUAUCGAGUUGGCGUUUGUUUGUACGAAUGUUGAAUCUACGGAGAGGCCGAAUAUGUCAACUGUUGUCAACAUACUUGAGAAAAAAACUUAUGUUUAAUUGAAAUUUCACCAACAAAAAAUUGUAAAUAAGAUGUCAACGGGGCUCUCACCUUCUCUUGC